AUGAAAAAAAAAAGAAUGGGGAAGCAAUACACUUCUUUUUCAAUUGGUUGGUUCAACAAAACUCCAUUUUUAAAAAGCACAAUGAAAUUAUUUGAAUUUGAUCCUGAAUCUUACUCCAAAGUAACUUACAAUAUUGGUGGAAUUGCUACACAUGUUUAUAAUUCAGAUAAAUUAGUAUCAUAUGUUGAACAAUUUAAUAAAGUUGAUCACCCAGUUGAUGUCAUUCCAAUUAAUGUUGUUUAUUUAAUUCAUCAUCGUGAAGGAAAUUAUAAAUAUACUGAAGCAGUUGCUUAUAAUUAUUUAAAGCAAUAUUAUGAAAAAAAAUCAAAUGUUGAAACUCCUUUAAUUUGUAUUACUUUUGAUAUUCCAAAUCAUGGACAAAGAUUAAUUGAUAAUGAAAAUAAUCAAGGUUGGAAUGAAAAUAAUCAAAAUCAUGCAAUUGAUAUGAUGUCAAUUAUUGAUUCAACUAUUCAAAAUAUUAAAUUAAUUAUGGAUUUUCUUCCAAGUUAUUUAAAUUUAGAUUAUUAUUUAACUCCUGAAUUUAGAGCAAUUAAUCAAAGUACAGAAAUUAAAUUUAAUAAUAUUUUAUGUGGUUAUUCACUUGGUGGUCAUGUUGUUAUUCGUUAUGCAAUGCAAUAUCCUCAAUUAGUUCAAGCAAUCCAUCCAGUUGUUGGUUGUAGUGAUUUAACUUCAUUAUUCAUUACAAGAUUAAGAUCAAUUAAAGAUAAUGAUAAAAAAUUCUUCUAUUUUAAUUAUGAUGAAUUAGAUUUAUCAAAUGAUGAAAAAUUAAAAUAUCCUGAAUCAUUACAUAAAAAAAUUUCAAAACAAGAUCAAGCUAUUUUUGAAAAUUUCCCAAUGAAUAAAAUUAAAAUGUUUGCUUGUUUUGGUAAAGAUGAUACUUUGGUUCCUCAAAAUUUAAGUUCUGUUUGGUGUGAUUUAUAUUUAAAUACUAAUGAUUCGACUGGUGUUUAUAUCGCUGAAGGUGUUGGUCAUGAUGUUACUGAUAAAAUGAUUGAUAAUUUCACUACCUGGUUAGCUAAAAAUGUAUAA